UGCAGAACACAGAUAGAAUGGAAAGCAAAAGGGAUCAUCUGAGAAGCGGUAGCAAUGGAGAGCUGAGGAGAUGUAGAACGUGUUCAAGUACCCGGGAUGUCACCAUGACUAAGUAAGGUUAUUUCAGCGGAACAAGGACAGCAAGAGGCGGAUACUGUCUGGGAGAAUCUCCGCAGGUUUGACGAUUGAGCUUGUGGGCAGCUUCAUAUGCGGUGGUAACUCAGUAUGAGUCGAGAUGUGUGGACCAAGAAGAAAGCCAAUGCCAGUGGGGACAAUGGUUGGGCUGAGAGGGGAGGCUACAUGGCUGCCAAGGUGUCAAAGUUGGAGGAGCAGUUCAAAAGCGAUGCUCCGAGAGAGAAACAGAAAAACAACCCUUCCAACAUUUUCUCUGGAGUGGCCAUCUAUGUUAACGGCUACACAGAACCAAGUGCAGAUGAGCUCCGUAGGCUGAUGAUGUUACAUGGCGGGCAGUUCCACACCUACUACUCCCGCUCCAAGACCAGCCACAUCAUUGCCAACAAUUUGCCAAACAGCAAAAUUCAGGAGCUGAGAGGGGAAAAGGUCAUCAAGCCUGGCUGGAUCACUGACAGCAUUAAAGCUGGACAGCUCCUUCCUUACUUGCACUAUCAACUGUAUGCUAAAUACAAAAGACCCCUGUUUCCGGCUACAAAGCAGUGUCAGACCCCGGACAUCGCUGGACCUAGUCACAGUCAUCACAGUGUUCCUAACCAGGAGACUUUGAACUCCAGUUACCCCUCACGCAAACAACAAGGCUCCCACCAGAAGAGUCCCUCACCCCACCCACAUCUUAGCACCUCAGCAUCCUCUCACCCAGACCCUGAGCACAGCCACUUUAGUGUCGAACCGAGAUACUGCAGCAGUUCCAAUUCCCAUACCCCGUUAUUUAAAUUGAGCCCCUUAAAGCGGCCGCAAUCGGGAGUGCUAUCACCUCAUGCUCUCCAGGCACAGAGUGUGGACCAACCUGAACCUCAGACUUCCUGCAGUACACACCAGAGAUACAAGGAAGUUGAAAUAAGAGUGAAUGGAUCAUUGCAGACCUCAGCAGCAGACUUGAUAGGGGAAUCCAUCAAAGCCCCUUCCGCCCUCACCAAUGGACAUUCUCAUAUUUUUAAUGGUGCCUUAAAGUCAAAGGACCUUGUUCUACACAAACUUUUUGUUCCCAAGGACUUGAGUGAAUGCAGAAUUGCGAGUUCCAAAAGAAAAAACACUUGUCUGAACAAACUGGACCCAUAUGAGUUCCCUAACAGUCCUCCAAAACAGACUGACCGGUUGUCUGUCGGUCUUGAGGAAUCAUGUUCAAAAGAUGCACUUAAAUCACUACAACAGACAUCCUGUCAAGUUGACUCAAAUCCUGACAAAAUUCCUCAUUCUCCAACAUCUCAUUCACACGUCCCCGCGCGUCUGAACGGAAGUCACCACAAUGCCUUUUCAUCCCACCCUGCCUCGGAAAGCAACUCAACAGUCCAACCUCAUCCCACCGCGGCGGCGUCUCGGUCUCCCGGACCUCAUCCCAGCGCAGCGGCAGCGUCCAAGCCUGCGGCUGAGCUGUUGGCGCAGACGGGCGGCCUGAUCUCGGAGUACUAUGCUCAUUCACGUUUACAUCAGAUUUCCACAUGGAGGACAGGCUUCUCCGAGUAUGUCAACGAACUGCACAGCAAGCGAAAGGCGACGGGCGGUGUUUCAUUUCCGGGCAAAGAGCGACUUCGGAAAUUGGUGGAGCAGCGUGCUUUUGAAAGUCAAGACACACAGACACACUCGACAGUUAAAUCUUGCAUCCUCCAUGUGGAUAUGGAUUGUUUCUUUGUGUCAGUUGGGAUCCGGCAUCGACCUGAACUCAAAGGUAAGCCUGUAGCUGUGACUAGUAACCGUGGGCAGAUGCAUGUGCCUUUAAGACCAGGAGCCAACCCACAACUGGAGCAGCAGUACUACCAGAGGAAACACACUCUGGCUCCACAGGACAAAGAGUUUGAGGAUUUACAUGAUGUUGCUCCGCAAGACUGUGCAGAAGUGCACACUAAUGGAAUAGAUCAAGAUGCUGCGCUUUCUAUGGCGGAGAUCGCAUCCUGUAGCUAUGCUGCAAGGCAGGCAGGUGUGAAGAACGGGAUGUUUUUUGGUAAAGCCAAACAGCUCUGUCCCACUCUGCAGUCUGUCCCGUACGACUUUGACGCCUACAAAGAGGUGGCCCUCACCCUGUACGAGACUUUGGCUGGUUACACUCAUGACAUCGAGGCUCUGAGCUGUGAUGAAGUACUGCUGGACGCCUCUGCUCUCAUAGCCGAGUUGGGUGUCGACCCAGAGGAUCUUGCCAAAGCCAUCAGAACAGACAUCAAGGGAAAAACGGGAUGCUGCGCUUCAAUCGGCAUGGGGUCCAACAUCUUGUUGGCUAGGCUUUCAACACGCAAGGCCAAGCCCGAUGGGCAGUACUUCUUAAAGUCAGAGGAAGUGGACGAUUUUAUCAGGGACCUGCCAGUGACCAGCUUACCAGGUGUGGGGCCUGUCAUGGGCAGAAAACUGGCAGCUAUUGGGGUCAAGUCAUGUGGGGACCUGCGUCACGUUUCUCUCACUCAGCUACAGAAAAAGUUUGGACCACGAUCGGGACAAACAUUGUACCGUUUCUGCAGGGGUCUCGAUGACCGACCUGUCCGCUACGAGAAGGAGAGGAAGUCCGUGUCGGCAGAGAUGAACUACAAUAUACGCUUUAAAAAGGUGGAUGAGGCAGAGUCUUUCCUGUCCAGCCUGUCCAUGGAGGUGCAGCGACGUCUACAUGAAGCUGGGUUGCAAGGUCGCAGAGUGACGCUCAAGGUCAUGGUCCGCAAGGAGGGCGCACCCCAGGAGACAGCGAAAUACGGUGGCCAUGGCAUAUGCGAUAACUUUGCCAAGACAGUGCUGCUAGCACAGUCCACUGACAGCGGCCAACUGAUUGCAGCGACAGUCAUCAAGAUGUUCCACGCUAUGAAGUUGCCAGUGCAGGACCUCCGAGGCCUGGGCAUCCAGGUGCAGCUUCUUGAGGGAAGUCACUCUGCUCACAACAAUGUCAACGGGCUUCGGACACGCUCCAUCAAAGAGAUGUUGCACAGUCAUGCAUCCACCAGCAAAGAUGUUGGUGACAAUAAACAUCAGGAAAAGACACCACAUAUCCAAGAUGUAUUGCCUGGCUCCAUUGAACAUUCUCAGUCUACCAACGCAUCAGUUCCAGGAACAAGCAACGAUCAUGAAGCAUGCAGUCAAACGCCCAAACAUCCGAGAACACGACUCGACAUCAGUAUUGAAAUCCCCUCACCUUCACAGGUGGAUCGGUCCGUGUUAGAAGCCCUGCCCGCAGAGCUGAGACUACAAGUGGAGCAGUCGUGGGCUUGCAGAGAAGGAAAAGAAACAAACCACCACCAGGACGGUGGUCUGCAGCCUUUGACUCCCAAGUCACGGCUGGCCUCCACUUCUUGUCCUCUUCCUGCACUGAACGAAUCCCCUGCACUGUCUGCAGCAUUAGUACUGCAGAUUCCAAAUCAGCCGGACAGUCCAGGAAUUAUUUUGGAGCUGCCUAACUACUCCCAGGUUGACCCAGAAGUUUUUGCCGCUCUUCCCAAAGAGCUACAGGAGGAACUCAAAUCUGCCUACAACCGUGCUGCAAAUAACCAGCCUCAGACAAAAAUGCCGGAGCAAAAGAAUGCACUUUUGCAGCUGAAGCAGUCUGUAGGAGUUGGCGUCGGACGAGUGAAGCGGCGAUACAAGAGGAAGCACACAGUAAGCCCUGCCAAAAAGGGCCCAUCGCCUCAAAAGAAGUACCGCCCGAUGAGCAGCCCUGCCAAACCCGCACCACCUUUUACGAAACUUAAGGAGCUUCCGAAUGUCUUAAAGACUGAAAAUGGUCCGUCCACCUCCUCUUCAAAGCAGGACAUCCCAGAGCCUUUGCCAAAAUGCAUCCUUCGCCCUCCUCCGGCGUUGGCCGGAGCCUCUGAGCUACCGGAUAUUAAAACACUGUUACGGGAAUGGGUGACCACCAUGACAGACCCCAUGGAAGAGGACAUCCUACAGGUGGUGAAAUAUUGCACUGAUCUAAUCGAAGACAAAGAUCUGGAGAAGCUGGAUCUGAUCAUAAAAUACAUGAAGAGGAUCAUGCAGCAGUCGCUGGAGUCCGUGUGGAGUAUGGCCUUUGACUUCAUUGUGGACAACGUACAGGUGGUUGUGCAGCAAGCUUACGGUAGCACCCUAAAGAUCGCAUAAAAAUCCAUGCCGGUUUUUCCACUUUUUCCUCCGUUUGAACUUUUCUUCGGCCAAUUGCUGGGUUCUGUAAGCUGCACAGACCCGGUCAACUGUAGCAACAUAAAUUCAUGGUUUCUUAUACAGCAUGAGCCAAGUGAGGAAUACUUUAAAAGCCACGAUUCUAUUCAAGGUUGGUUUGUAUACAUGCAGCAUUUUCUUGUCUUUCAAGACCAAGUCAACAGAUUUUGAGACAUAGACUCUCUUUAUGUUUACUUGGUAGUAUCCUGACUUGGAAAACAGAGGAGCCUCCAAAGGCGAACACAGUCCACUCUGUGAUGACAAUUGACUUUAAAAAUUGUUGAUUUCACAUAGGAAAUGAUGCAAAAUGAAUUUUUAAGUAACAUUUUAAGAAAUACUCAUUUAAUCCUUGAGAUGCCCCCCGACUUAAAGUCUCACAAAAUAAUGAGUGAUAGUCAAAAUUUUUGACUUUUGGAGGCGCAUUUCCCCCCAACUCCAAAUGUACCACUUUUGGGGCUUCAGGCUUUGGAGGUUUCACUGUACUUUGCAAAUUGAUUCCCAUGCAAUGGUAGAAGGCUUUUCCAGUGUAAGAAUUUUUCUCUCUCCCCUCAUAUAUCUGGUCAUAUCUGAUACAAUUUUUAAAAAUAAAUAAACAAUCGUGUUUCUUUUUAACCUUUUUGCAAAAAAAAAAAAAAAAAAAAGCCAAAUCCUUGCAUUAAAGUAUGUAAAUAAUGUUUUUUUAAUGUACUUGUUUAUUGGAAGUAAAGGGUUUACCUCUUGUAUUGUUGUUUACAUUUAGUGAAUUCUUAGUAAUUAUAAACUGGACCGUUUUGGUCUUUGGAAAGAAAGCACUUCAGAGGUUACCAGUUGAUUGUCACUCUCCUCAAUAUAAUGCCUCUACAAUUUUUUUGUGACAUUUGGUAAGGAAGAUGCCCCUUUGGAUGCAAGUUUGAGCUGAACAAUGUUACAUUUUUAACUUUGUAGCCCAAAUUUGUAUUGCAUGACAUUAGCCGCCCACUCAGAAAUGCUGUGCUUAGCUGGAGAAAAAAAAAGAAAUAUUAUGCAAACCAAAUUAGUGUAAUAUUUCCAGUUAUUUGUUUAAGAACUAUAUGUUCAGUUUUGAAGUUGUUGCUUCACUUUUUUUUCUUUUUUUUCCCCUCGUCCCCGAGUCAUGAUGUUGGCAAAAGCCAGUGGGCCUCAUUUUUGAACGGGCCAAGUUUUAUCUUUAUAAUUCUGGCUUGUGCCUGAAGACCUGAAGCUGUGAACGUUUUCUAAAGCUUGAUAAUAAUAAACUGUAACUUUUAAUUUUA